ACUGACGGUAUCAUCUCGUGAACGCGCAAGAGCAGCAAUGGCCGCUUUGGGUCGGCGAAAUCCUAAUCUCGACGAUUUUGUCGGAUUAAACUGGAGUUGCUGGGUUGAUAGGGUGAAUAUUUUACCAUCUGACGCUGGGUCUAAUGCUGAAGACAGCAGCAAGUAUGGGAGGAACCGCUGUGAGACCAUGACCCUCAGGAAAGAAGAUAUGCACAUAUUUGGCCAAUGCCCAGCACACGAUGAGAUCUAUCUAGUGGUGUGCAGCCACUGUGGGCAGGUGGUGAAGCCUCAAGCCUUUGAGAAGCACUGUGAGAGGCGCCAUGGUCCUCUCACUAAAAUGUGUGGCCAGUCAUCUGCUUUGGCCCCACAGCAGCGACCUCGCCCUGGUCGCUCUCCUUCGAAUCUGUCCUCUAGAGAGAAGCAGAGGGAUGGUAGAUGUCAUGAAGCCAGUGCAGCAUUACCUGUCCAGCAGCACAGGCCCACCAAGGCCCAGAAGGAGGCAGUGAGUUUUCCUUUAGUGGAGAAGUUCCCUCAGGAGAACCCUCCUCUCCCACACCACUCCUCCACCACGCCUCGUCCCAGGGUUCCUCCGUGGUACUCAGGACCCCUCCCCCCUGGCCACUGUUCCUCCUCCACUUCUCCAUUAGACAGACCGUCUGCACAAAAGCCCACAACUGGGCCGUCCAGUGAGUCUCUCAGUCCUCUGCGGGGAAUGAGAACCUACAGCCGGAUUUACAAAAACAUUGACAAGAAAGAAUGUGACCUGAACAAACACUGCGGAGUUCUGGAUCCAGAAAGGAAGAAGCUGUGCAGCCAGGAGCUUAUAUGCAAUACUGAUUCCAUCCACCAGCAGCAGAAAGCUUUGGGAAGGACUAAGACCUUUGAUCAGUUGGCAGUGGAACAGAGAACAACCCCAACAGGUCGAGAUGUGGAGCAGUCUCUUGUCAAAUCAAAAGACAAAGGGCAACAUUUGGAAGCUUUUGCAGAGAAAAAAAUGACUCAGGGCAAUAAAUACAACUUCAGCAGAAACCGUUACAUUGUCAGCAGGACCAGGGAUCCAUCACAAAGCUUUCCAGAGGAUGAAGCCGACAGCACAGUGGAAGUGGAGGUACAGCCUCCCUAUCCCUUUAACCAGAGCUUGCUGUCAAGCGAGGAGAGUGAAGACGAUGAUGAGCAGCAGGAGGAAGCCACAGACCUGCCUGCCACACCCUGGCACCCAAAACCUCUUGGGCUAUGCACUUUUGGAUGCCACACAUUGGGUUGCAGCAUCUUCACCUUCGACCGGCGUUGGCACCACCUUCGGUUUGCCCUCAGUGCCAUGUUGGAGCAUCAUGUCAGCACACACUUGUGGACGAAAAUACCUCAAGUAUCAUCAGGUCUCAGGUCACAUCAGGGCACACCUCCAACUGUAGGAUCCCCUGUCAGGACUGGGUGCAGACCCUCUAAAUCCACUGGCUCCCUCAGUCUUGAGUCUACCUCACUGGGACAACUGGAAACCAAAAGCAGUCAGCACAAUGCUCACAGUACCAAACCACCUUCUUCCACCACUUCUGCGAGCCUUGGGUCUGGCCAGCGACGCAACCUUGUUGGGCGAGCCAGCAAGGCUCGGCCGAGGAAGGUGGAACUUAUGCAAGAAGCAAGCGCAGCACAGAAAGCUGCCAAGCUGUCACACAGCGGUGAGGACAAAUCCUCAAAGUACAUCAGGGAUCCCCCCCUCCAUGAGAAGGACCAGCCGCACGUCCCCCCCUCUCAAGAGCCAGUAAAUGGUACCUUCUCAAACGGAAAGAAGCCAUGUCCUCCUCUCCAUCGCUCCCCCCGCAGCAGAGGGAAGCCCCCAGGGAUCCAGCAGAAGGUGAUGGGCUAUGACAACAGAGGUCUUGCCCAAAAACGCAAAGGCAGCAAUGAGUCACCGCCUCUCAGCUCCUCACUAUCCAAAACCUCCAAGUGUCAGCGCUUGUCCUCCCCUUCCCGCUCCAGCCUCCUCGCCUGGAAGAGAGAGAACGGGGAUGUGCUUGUUUGGGGCCUGGAGAAAAGAUCCGACUCCUAAAGAGUGAGUACACCUGCUAGCAAUGGCAUGCAAGAAGAUCCAUGCCAUCGAUGUAUUUUGAUGAUGUAGAUCUAUGCUUUUAAGCUUAAAAAGACACAAAUGUUCUUGAUCUGAUUGUGCGUUUUUUUUUUUUACCAACGAAUGCAUUUGUAGGUGACAAUUGUUGUUUACCUCAUCUUCACAGCCAAUAAAGAGGCCAGCCUUAAAAAGACCAAUUGGAGAAGAUGCCUGCUGCAGGCUGCUGCCAGCAUAGUGUGUGUGUGUGUGUGUGUGUGUGUGUGUGUGUGUGUGUGUGUGUGUGUGUGUGUGUGUGUGUGUGUGUGUGUGUGUGUGUGUGUGUGUUUCUGUCCACAUUUGUUUGUGUCUUCACAUUUUUAUGCACAGACAUCAGGAACAAAUAUUUGUCUGCAUAUUAUUGCAUGUGUAUUUUUUCAAAAUGUCUAUUUUUCUACGUGAUUAAAUGUUUCAGUUUAUUAUUUGUGUAAGAAUAUAAGAAUACCUCAAUCUAUUCAUCAUGCUGCUAAAAUGAAAAUUCAUGGCAAAACAAUAAACAAUUCUUGAAUCUUA